CCUAAAGAAGAAGUAACGAAUAUUUAUAGUCCUUCUCCUUCCCUUUACUCUUUUGGUGGAACAUCGGAGCAUCAACAAAUCAAAAACCCUACAAUCCACUUAAAUCCUCAGAAGACAGGAAAGGAGUUAGUUAUGGAGCUCGAAUUGGGAUUAAAGAUCAGGAGAACGAGGGAAGACGUAUCGUCCUCUGUGGAUUUUCGCUUCUCUAAAGACGCAUUUGGUCCUCUAGUGCUUUCUCGAGAAACUGAUUCAAGGUUCAUCAUCAUCAUUCACCUCAAAGGAUUCAAAAAGGAAGGUAUUGAGAUUGAGAUAAACAAAGAAGGGAAUCGGAUUACGAUAAGAGGGAGAAAAGCUGUGGAAGAAAUGGUUUUGAUUAGAUGGAUGGCAUGGAGGAAAGAAGUAGAACUAAGGGCAUUUAGUAAAGUUUUUCUGAUUCCAGAUAUUGUUGAUUUAGACAAGAUCAAAGCCAGAUUCGACGAUGAUGAUGCGACUCUUACGAUCACAAUGCCGAAAAGAGUUAAAGGUAUUUCUGGAUUUAAGCUUGAGGAAGAAGAAGAAGAAGAAGAAAGAGUGGACUUUGGCGAUUUGAGUGAUGGUGAGAACAGAGCAGAAAUACAGAAUGGAGAAGAAGUUGAAGAGGAGAAUGGAGGAAUUAUGGAAGAUGAAGAAAGAGAGAGUCAAGUUUUGGGAGGUGAAGAAAAGGGUUUCAGAGGAGGUCUGGAUGAAGAAGAGACUCAAACUGAUGAUGGUAACUUGGAAAAGAUUCAAGAGACUAAUGAACAAGACAAGAUUUUGGAAUUUGCAGAAGAAGAACAAAAGUUGGGUGAUUCAUCAUAUACAGAGACUGAGGACAGUAGUAGACUCAGAAAGGUUCCAGAGAUUGAAGGAAAAGGUUCUCAUGAACAGACAAGACACGAGGAGGAAGAAAAUUACCAAGAAGUGGUGGAACAGCAAGUUUCACAAGAAGGUGAUAUUGAAUCUAGAGCAUUUGAAGAGAUUGAAGAAGAAGAACCUGAUGAGCUAGAUAGAAAAAGGAAAAGUAGAGCAAUGGAAAAGAAAACCAGUGAUGAUGAAGAUGACGGUGGCUUGAGCAAGGUUCAAGGAAUUGACGAACCAGAGAGACACAAUGAAGAAAGCAAGAUUCAUGAAAUGAUGGAAGGGGAAACAUGUGGUCAAGAGAAGGAUAAAAAUGUAAUGAUGGAGAGAGAAAAUAAAGAUGCCAAAGAAGAGGGUGAUGGGAAAUUUGAAGAAGGAUUCACACCAAACAUUGAGAGAACACAAGUAGUUGGAGGAGAUGACAUUGCAGAAACUGAGGAGACUGAAUCAGAUGAACUGGUUGAGAAGAAAGAAGAGGAAGAGGAAACUUCUAAUGUAAAAAGAGAAAGUGAAUACAGAAACCUAAUAAAAAUGCUUCAAGACACUGAAGAACAGCAUUCAAAGGGACAAAAGCGACAAGAGAAAACUCCAGAGGCAGAGACAUAUACAGGGAAUGAUAUUCCGAAACCAGUUCAGGAGACUGAAGCACCAGAGGUGGAUAUGUUAGAGCAAAAUGGUAAUGAAGAAAAGGAGAAGAAGAAAAGUGUAACUAUGGAUCCCACAGAAGAGGUUGAUGCUGAAAAGGGUGAAGGAUUCGCAACAAACAUUGCAGAAACUGAGACAAAACCUGAAGAGUUUGAAUCUGAUAAACUAGAAGCAGAUGAGGUAGACAAGAACCAGGAACUGGUCGAGAAGAAAGAGGAAAAUGCUAAGGUCGGAACACAAAGUGAAGACAUUAGCUUCAUAAAGCCUCCAGAAAUUGGAGAAGAACACUUUCAGGGACAAACGCUACAUGACAAACAUGAAAAGAGGAAAGAGUUGGUGGAAGAGAAAACUCCAAAGGCAGAGAAAAAUAUAGGGAAUGAUACUCCGAAACCAGGUCAGGAGAAAUGUGAGGGGCAACAGCAAGAAGAGUACAAAGGGAAAAAGACUGAUGAAGCUGGUGAGAGAAAGGUUCAAGAGAUUAUUAGACAGCAAGAGUUUGAGGAACCAGAAAGAUGCAAGAAAGAAAGCAAAAUACAUGAUGAAGAGAAAGAGGAGAAAGAAAUUGCAGAAACAGUAACAAAGGAGCAAGAUUCAUAUAUCCCCAAAAUAGCUGAAGAGAAGACAAACUUUUCAAAAAAUGGAAAACUCAAGGAGGAAGAAGAAACUGCAGAGAAGAAAACAGAGUUUGGUGAUGAUGAUAUUUCAAGAAAAGUUCGAGAUUUAGAUGCCAAAAAAGAGGUUGAUGAGGAAAUGGGCGAAGGAUUCACACCAAAGAUUUCAAAAGUUUCUGAGACAAAAGAUAAAGUAGAAACAGAUGAGAAACUAAUUGAGAAGAAAGAAGAAGCAGAGGAAAAUACUAAGGUGAGAAGUCAAAGUGAAGACAGUAGCUUAAUAAAAGAGCUUCAAGAGACUGAAGAACAACAGUUUCAGGGACAAAAGCGACACAACAAGAAAGAAAAGAACAAAGAAUUGGUGGAAGAGAAAACUCCAGAGGCAGAGACAAAUAUAGCGAAUGAAAUUCCGAAACCAGUUCAAGAGAUUGAAGCACCAGAGGUGGCUACGUUAGAGACACGUGUGGAGAAAGAUAUUGCAGACACGGAAACAAAGGAGAAAGAGCCAUAUAGACCACAAAUACUUGGGGCACAAGAAAUAGCUGAAGAGAAGGUGAACUUUUCAAGAAAAGUCGAGGAGAAAGAAGAAACUGCAGAGAGGAAAACAGAAUAUAAUGAUGAUGAUAUGUCAAGAAAAGUUCGAGAUAUUGAACAACGAGAUUCAGACGUAAUGAAGGGAGAAGAAGAAAAAGACGGGACUCAAGAAUUAGGACUGGAAGAAAAAGUAAGUGAUGGCGGAAAAAGAAUCAUGGCAGUGGCGGAGACAAUAGCUGAGAAUGACAGGUCAAGACAAGUUCAAGAGAUUUACGAACAACAGUCACAUGAAGAAGACAAACGUGGAAAUCAAUUCCAGAAACUUAUUGGAGGAGAGAAAAGUGGUCAUGGAGAAGUUGAAGAUGUGGAGAACAAAAAGCAGACAACAGAGGCGGACAGAAGAUUCAGGGAUAGCGCGAGAGAAGCUCAAGAGACUGAAAGAAAAUAUUCAGAUGUUUCUGAAAAAUAUGGUAAAGUAGACACGAUCCAAGAACUGCAGGAAAAUAGAACUUAUCAAAAUGAACAAGAAGAGAAGGAGAAAGACAAUGGCGACGAUGGAGAAAAGACUCAAGAACUGGUGGAAGAGAAAAUCAAGGAUUGCAAAGAAGAAGCAUCAGAGACCAAAACCAAUGAUGCCGCAAGAAAUGUUGAAGGUAUUACAAAACAGGUGGAAGAGAAAGCCAAGGAUUGUAAAGAAGAAGAGUCAGAGACCGAAAAUAAUGAUGUCGAAAGGAAGGUUCAAGGUAUUAAAGAACAUGAGUUGUAUGAACCAAAAAGAGACCAUGUAAGCAAGAUUCAAGAACUGGUAGCAGAACCGGAGAUAGAAGGUGAAUGUGAUGACUUACGUAAAGCACACGGUACUGAAGAACAGGAGUUGCAUGAACCGAAUAUACACAAGGAACACGAUGAGACCCGAGUAACUGGGACAGAGGAGCCAGGUGGUCAAGUGAAAGAGAAAUUUGUAGAGUCUAUGACAAUAACAGAGAAGGACAGCUCCACAAAUGUUCAAGAGAUCAGGGAAGAACGACCUGACAAGCCAGAUAGCCAUGAGAAACAAUACAAAAUUCAUGAAGUGGUGGAAGAUAGAGAAGCAGAACAAGAAGAAAAGAACAUUGCCAAGGCAAAACAGCAAAUUGAGGAAUAUAGUUCAAGAAAAGUUCAAGAGAUUGAAAAACAGGAAUCUGAUGGAUUGAUGAGACCUAAGGUACAAGAUAAGAUGCAAGAAACAGAGGAAAAAGGCAAAACUGGAGCAAUGGAGGAUAUUGUGCUGAGGAGGAAAAACGCUAAAGAUGUUAGUAGCUUGAGCAAAUUUCGAGAUGAUGAAGAGCCAGAAUUAAGUAAACCUUACAAGAGACGAGAAGAAGACAAGAUGCAGGAACUCGUGGAAAUGGAAACAAGUGAUUACAGAGAAAAAGUCAAGAAACAAGAUGGGAGUGAUAUCUUAAGAGGCCAAGGAGAUGGGAGACCCGAGUUAGAUGAAAUUGAGAGACACAGUGAGCAAAUAAAUAUUCCUAAAUUGGUGGGAGAAGAAAAACUGGAGAAGAUGGCCGAGCUAGGGAGAAAAAUGGAUGAUGACAGUUCAGGCAAUGAAGAACGAAAAUCAGAGAGAAAAGAUUUUGCUGAAGAUGAAGCAACUGAUCACACUAGUGGAGAGGACCAUACUGAAGAUAAAGAGGAACGACAAAAAGAAAAGGUUAUUGCCAAGGCAGAACUGAAAACUGAGGAAGAUAGCACAAAAAAGUUUCAAGAGAUUGAAAAACAAAGAUCUAUGGUGCAAGAUAAAACGCAGGAAACAGAGGAAAAAGACAAAACUAUAGCAAUGGAGGAGAAUGAGAUGGUGGAGAGAAGGAAAAAAACUAAUGAAGAGAGCUUGAGAACUAUUCGAGAUGGAAAAGAACCAGAACUGAAUAAACCUUACAAGAGGCGAGAUGAAGACAAGAUCCAGGAACUAGUGGAAACGGAAAGAAGUGAUUGCGGAGAACAAGUCAAGAAACAAGAUGGGGAUGAUAUGUUAAGAAGCCAAGAAGCUGUCAAACUGGAUUUAGGUGAACUUGACAGACACUGUAAGGAAAAAAAGAACGACAAAACAGUGGAAGAUGAUCAGAAAGGAGAAGGAAAAACUGAGAACAUUUCCGAGCCAGGUGGAAAAAUGGAAGGGGACAGAGCAGGCAAGUUUCAUGAGUUUCAAAAACAAAAAUCAUAUGAAGACUUGAGAGAAGAGGAGAGUGAAGAGGUGGAAGAUUUGGUUAAGGAAAAAGCAACUGAUCCCAAAGAUAAACACACAGGAGGAAAAGGAGAACAUGAAGAAGAAAGAUAUGAGAAAGUUGUAUUGCCUUGGAAAGAAGUUGAGAAUGAGAUGAACAAAAAGGUAGGGAAAACUAAAGAACCAGAAUCUGACAAAGUGGAAGGAUCACUAAGAGAGGGAGCAAGUGAUCGAGAAAAACUUGUGGAUGAGUUUAUGACAGAGAUUCAAGAAACUGAAAAUGAAGAAUCACAUGAGUCUGAGAUUCACGAGAAACUAGAGAUAGUCCAAGAUUUUGUGGAAGACGAAACAGGGGAUCAGGAAGAUGAAACGGCAGAGGAAGCUGCAGCUGUGGUGGAGAACAAAGGAAAAGAUUGUUUGAGAAAAUUGCAAACUAUAGAAGAACAUAAGGAACAAAACAUUAUCCCCCAAAAAAGUGAUCCUGAAGCUAAAAAAGAAGAUGAGGAAAGAGAUGCAGAGAAAGAGACAAAAGAGCCAGAAACUCAUGUCCAAGAACUUGAAGGAAAAACAGAGAAAUGCAAAGAUGACGAUGGAGAAAAAGGGAAGACUGUUGAGAGAGAAAAGUACGAUGGUAUUGUGAGAGAGAUCCGAGAGACUAAAGUGCAAGAAUCAAGUGAAAAGAAGGAUCAAGAGCCGGAAGAAAAGAGAAAGGAAUCAUCAAAUCUAUCAAAGAGACGACCAGUGGAACAAGACAAAAUCCAACAACUGAAGGAGGUGGAAAAGCGUGAAGAUGAAGAAAAAGCAGAAGUGGAGACAAAAGCCAACGAUGGUAAAUCAAAAAAGUUUAAAAUGCUGGAUUUGGAUGAAUCAGAAGAGAAUGAGGAACUGCAUGAGACCCGGAAAGCAAAUGCUCCUAAAAAUGAAAAAACUGCAGAAGAGGAGAUGCAAGAUAAGGUUGAAAGAAGAAUUAAGGACCAAGAGAUACAAGAACCAUAUGAGCUUGUAGAAGACAGAGAGCGUGACAAGACUCCAGAACCGAUUGUCGAAGGAACAAGAUAUCAUAGAGAAGGGGAAAAGGGAAUGUCAACGGAUGGAGAUACUGAAGAGAUGGAGGGAAUAUCUGAGGAUUUUAGCUCAAGAAAGGUUGAGAAAAUCAAAGCACAGGAAUCAGAUGGAUUAGAGAAACAGAGGAAACUAAGUGAGAUCCAAGAAAAACAAUCAGUGGAAGAAAAAAUACAGGAACACAGGGAAGAAGAAACUCAUGAAGGGGUGCUCACGACCAAAUCUAUGGAAGAUUCAAUUCAGUCACAAGUUUUUGAAGAAAAAGGAUCAGAUCAGCCUGAGAGAGAUGCAGAACAAGAACUAAUGGCUGAGGAGGAAGGAAAAGAAGAAUAUAAUCAAAGAGAAGGAGAGCAGAAGUCGAAGAUAAUUCUGCAGGUGGAGUCUAAAGCUAAUGACGAUAGCUCAGAAAAGAAUGAGACAGAAAGAUUGAGAGGGCAAAAGAAAAAAGAAGAUCAUCAAGAACUGAUGGAAACAGAGACAAGUGAUCAGAGGAAUGAAGAAAUGGAGAAGAAGAUUGUUGAGACAAAAGAUGAAUAUGAUAGCUCAAGUAAGAUUCAAGAACAUAAAGAAGAGAAGUCAAAUAAACAAGACGGAUCACUUGCAAAAGAGGAAACAAGAAAUGAUAAAGAAGAAAACAGAGCAGGGGGAGAGACAAAAAUCAGGGAUGAUGGCUUUGAAGAAAAAGAAGAAGAAUUAGCGAUAGUGGUGAGACACAGAGAACAAGACAAGAAGCAAUCAUUUGUGGAAAAGGACACAAGUGAUAAAGCAAAAGAGAAUAAGAAUCAGGAGACAGAGAGUAGAGAUGAUAACUCAAGAAAGUCACAAGAACAUGUAAAACAAGAGUUUCAUGAACAAAAAAGAAAUCAUGAGGAACCAGACAAGACGAACCUGAGACAAAACUAUUGCAGAAAUGAAGAUGAUGGUAAGAAAGGUAAAGACAUUGCAGAGGCAGAUGUCCCAGAAAAGUCGAAGGGGACUGAAAAACGAGAAUCAACUGAAACUGUGGGAAGAGAUGAGAACAAAGAUAACAUCAGAGAAUCGAAGGAAGAGAAAAUGAGCAACCAAGAAGGAGAAAACAAGAAGAGAAUGAUUAAAGAAGUCUUGGAAGAAGCUGAAGAUCAUGAAUCAAAAGGACCUGAAGGACUGAGAAAAGAAGACAAAAGCAGAGAACUAGUGCAACAGAGAUCAGCAGAUAACCUUAAAGAUGACGAACCCGCAAAGACAGAAACAAAAAGCAAGGAUAAUGAAUCAAGAAAGAUUCGUCAGAUCAAAGAAAAAGAAACAGGUGAAGAAGAGAGACGUAAAGAACAAGGAAGGAUCAAAGAAUUGGUGGAAGACAGAACACAUCAUUGCAAAGGAAAACAGAACAGAGAAAAUGAGUCUGAAGAUGGUUACAAAAAAGAGAUAGACAAAGAAGAACCAACCGAACCAGGAAGAGAUGAGAAACGAGACGAGUUCCAAGAAGCAGUGGAUAGGGACACAAGUGAAGAUGACGAGGAAGAGUUAGAAGUUGAAUAUGAAGAAUCAGAAGAAGAAUGGGAAGCUGAAAUAAUUCAAGAGAUGGGUUCAGAUGAAGAUGAAAAUGAUAAAAUUAGACAAAUAAAAAGAAUCAGACUAGGGUUCCGGUUAGUUGGAGGAUCAGCAUUGUUUAUGUCACUUAUAGUCAUUGUUAUUCGUUUUGUUCGUUCCAAGAGAAAUAUAAGAUGUUACAAGUUC